GACGUGUGUCAUGUCAUAUCGAUACAUUUGCUGAUUUGCCGAUAUUAAUUUUCUAAAUACGAAAACAAUAUGUUUUACAAAUUAUCCUCUUUUAUAGCAUUAUUCCUAUUAAUAGAUGUAACCUCAGCAUUAUAUUUUCACAUAGCAGAGGGUGAAAGAAAAUGUUUCAUAGAGGAAAUCCCUGACGACACUACAGUUAUAGUUAAUUACAAAGUGGAGUUAUAUGAUCCUAGAUCUGGAGGUUUCAUGCCAUCCACACCUGGUAUUGGAAUGCAUGUAGAAGUGAGAGACCCUAAUGACAAAAUAGUACUCUCCCGUGUGUACUCGUCAGAGGGAAUGUACUCUUUCACAUCCACUACUCCCGGUGAACAUGUAAUCUGCAUGUAUUCUAAUAGUACAUCAUGGUUCAGUGGUUCUCAGUUAAGGGUACAUUUAGAUAUUCAAGUGGGAGAGCAUGCAGUGGACUAUGCGAGUGUAGCUAAAAAGGACAAGUUGUCGGAACUCCAGCUUAGAAUCAGACAAUUACUGGAUCAGGUGCACCAAAUCACUAAAGAGCAGAGCUAUCAAAGGCAAAGAGAAGAGAGAUUCAGACAAACAUCGGAGAGCACAAACCAGCGUGUAUUGUGGUGGAGUUUGCUGCAGACGGGUGUACUCAUUGGUAUCGGCUACUGGCAGAUGAGGCAUCUCAAGAGCUUCUUUGAGGCUAAGAAACUAGUUUAAAUAUGUAUUGUGCUAUUUCUUUGUAAUAUAAAUGCUAAAAUAAUUUAAACAGUAGUUUUGUUUUGUGAUU